AUGGCGAAAGCUAGGCUUAAUUGUUUGAUAUUCUUUCGCAUCAUCAUUCCCCAAUACAUUACCCUGAGUGUUGCCCAAACAACUGCAGCUCCUUAUAAACUGGAAAUUACAACAAGGCCAGCAGCAAGACAAACUAUCACUUCUCUCGACCUAGAUCUAAUUGGAAGACGUGCAUGUGAUCACUCCACAAAUGCAGUCAAGAAUUGUUCAUUAGCAACCUCAAACUUUUUGACGUUGCCAUCAAGUGUGCAAGGCUCAUGUCUUUGUUCCAUUACUAUCCAAAAUGUCCCCAGUACCAUUGGCUUCGACGAAGCAGCCUCGAUAUGCUCCAGUUAUAAGCUCACCGCAGAACCAAAAUCAAGCCCAACUGGCAGGUUUGUUGGCUUUUGCAGCUCGUUUGUCUCGACAACUAUGACUUUACAAGUAUUUAGUGGUGGGACUACAGUCGUGUCUAGUCGACCAACAGGCACCACUGCGCUCAAUGGCAAUGUUUCAACAAUCCCAGGUAGUGGUACCUACCCUAUAACAGGGAAAAUGAUGCAAAGUAAGUUCUUACUUUUCCGCUCUCACAAAUAAGCUAAUCAACAUUUAGGCUUUACCACAGCUCAGAUUGCCGGAGUGUCUGCUGGAUGUGGGAGUGUAGGAGUACUCGUUGGCUUAGCGUGAGUUUUGAAGCAAGAUGUGUACGUUAGCUAUAGAUUCCAUGUCUAACAUACUUUACAGUAUUUUUGCUGGGCAUCGACGAAGAAAGCACAAACAGAAACAACUUGUGGAAGAAAAGAUUUCAAAUUCGCCCAAUAGAGAAUAA